AUGAGCGAACUAGACAAGGCCAAUGUCGUCCAGGAGGAGCGCGUCGAGAAGGCACCCAGGAAACGCGGAUGCGUCGGCCACUGCCUGAAGUUCUGGUGGGCGUAUCUGCUCGCAAUUGUCCUGAUAGUGGUUAUCGUGGUUCCCGUCGUCCUUCUUGUCGCCAUUCCCAAGAUCGCCCAGUCCAAGCUCGACGAAGCUGAGCUCACCCUUGACGGCCUCAUUGUGUCCAACACGCAAACCGAAAACGUGACCAUCGCCCUGAACACCACAAUCCGCACCGACGGCUCAGUGCACGCUACCAUUGAGGCUUUCCUGGGAGACAUGUACCUCGAGGACAAGGAGCCCCACGUCUCGUUCGCCACCCUCCAGUUCCCCGAGACCACGGCCGACGCCUUCCAGACUGUCAACAUCAGCCAGUUCCUGCCCAUCGAGAACCUCCAGGCCCUCACCGACUUCAACACCUGGCUGCUGGCCAAUGAGUCUUUCCGCGUCACCGUCAAGGGCGACACAUAUGUCCGGGUCAAGGGCAUCGCUAGGCGGUAUCCCGUCACUUUCAAGAAGACACUCACGUUGGCCGGCCUGCAAACCUUCAAGGGCACAUACGUCACCGACACCAAGAUUGCGCUCCCCUCGACUGGACCUGUCUUCACGGGCACUGCGCACAUUCCCAACCGCUCAGUCGUGACGUUCGAGCUUGGAAAUGCCACUUUCUACAACUACCUGCUCGGCCAAGAUGUUGGUGAGGUCUACCUUGACAACGUUAUUCUCCGUCCCGGCAACGACAACCAAUUCUUCCUGAACUCGACCAUCCAGCAGAACCCCGUCAUUUCAGCCUUGCAGGAGAAGCCGUACUGCGACACCACCAAGGGCGUCAUCCCCUUCCAGCUCCGUGGCAAGACCGUCUUCAACCACGGCCAACCGCUGCCCUACUUCGCCGACGCCCUUGGAGCCACCAACCAGACUAUCGAUCUCGACGUCGGUGGCACCCUGUUCAACUCGACUGGCCUGAAAUUUAACUGCAGCUCCACCUGA